AUGGGUUAUAAGCUUUUAGUCUUUGCAUUCGUUGGCUUUAUAUUUUGCACCACUAACAUAGUUGGUGGUAGAAAUCUUUCUGAAGAUGAAAAGAAAACAAUUAGUGAGCAUGGUGGGGGUAUAGGUGGGGAAGUAGGAUUGGGAAGUGUUGAUGGAAUAGGAAGGGGUUCUGCGGGUGGCGGGGGAGUAGGAGUCCAAGAACAUCGCGGUGGAGGGAGUAUAGGUGGGGAAGUAGGAUUGGGAGGUGUUGAUGGAAUAGGAAGGGGUUCUGCGGGUGGCGGGGGAGUAGGAGACCAAAAAUAUCGGGGUGGAGCAAGUCAAGCUGGUCGAGCAGGGGCCGUAUUUGAUGAUGGAGAAGGGGGUGGUGGAGACAUUGGAGGAAGCCCAGGUAGCGGAGGUGGUGGAGAAGGAGGCGUAUUUGGUGACCGACGAGGUGGUGGAAACUAA